AUGGCAAGCAAGCAAGUGGACAGAAACAAUCAAAGUGCACUUUUCCAGCUGUGUUGUGAUCUAUGCAUUUCCGUGUUCUUCUUUCCUCUUCAAGUCUGUGGUCAACCAGUGUUGUCUAACCGAAUUGUGGGUGGCCAAGCCUCACAGAUUGGAGCCUGGCCAUGGCAGGUCAGUGUCGGCUGGAAGGGGAGGCAUUUUUGCAGUGGGUCCCUCGUGGCACAACAGUGGGUUGUGUCAGCCGCUCACUGCUUUAGACUGAAUCCUUUCUCAGACAUCACCGUGACCUUGGGAGCAUAUCAACUUGCAAAUCGAAGCUCUAAAUCCCAGACCGUUCCUGUCGCCCAAGUAAUCCGUAACAUAGCAUUUAAUGGGACUGGGACAAGAGGGGACAUCGCCUUAUUGAAGCUCCAAAGACCCAUGAACUAUACCCCAAACUUCCUCCCAGUGUGUGUGCCAUUUCCUUCGGCUGUGUUCCCUGAGGGCAUGGCGUGCUUUGUGACUGGAUGGGGAAACAUUGGAUUUGAUGUACCACUUCCAUCCCCUCAGACGCUGCAACAAGUCCAGGUCUCCCUCAUAGAUGCUGACAGAUGCAAUGAGAUGUUCAAUGUGCCCCCAACUGGGUCCAAUCCUGUCAAAGACACCAUGAUUUGCGCUGGAUAUAAAGAAGGAGGAAAGGACGCUUGCCUGGGUGAUUCCGGGGGGCCCUUGGUCUGUGCCCAAAAUGACUCCUGGUUCCUGGUUGGCAUCGUGAGCUGGGGACAAGGCUGUGCACUCCCGUACCGCCCCGGCGUCUACACCAGAGUCACGUCCUAUGGCGAUUGGCUGCAGCGUUACGUUCCUGGCCUGCGGUUUGGAAUUGUGCCCAUCGCUCUGGAGGGGGGAGUGAACCAUUUUGGACUUUUCACUUCCACUCCUCUUGUCACUUCCUCUCUUUCCCUCCUCCUGCCUUUCUUGCAGUGGGAAUUCUUGAGGUGAGGAGUUCCUUGCCAGCUUGAGGCUGUAGAAUCAGUGCUGAAUUUGGGUACAUUGUAGGCAGCCCCAGGUUGUGGGGAACCUUUGGGUCUCAAGAUGUUGCUGAAUUACAACUCCCGCUGGCCAUACUCACUAUGACUGAUGGGAGUUGUAGUUCAGCAGCACCUGGAGGGCCAAAUGUUUCCCACACCUGGUUUCCGGUUGAAGGAUGAUUUGGCUUGCAGCUUGAAGAUCAGUAGGGCAAAGCAUUUCUGUCCCAUAGUAAGUGAAGGGUAGGUGCCAUAAUUUUUCUGGUUCCUGGACAAAGUGCCCUAGAAUUCUUCUUUUUCUGCCUUCUUGCAUUGUGACAAGAUCCUCUCAUUUGAAAAGUAAUAAUAUAAUCAGGUUUCUACUCCAAAUAGCAGUGAAGACAAAUGUGAAAGCACGUUGACUAUCCCAGGGGAAAUCUCAGAAGCCAGGAAGGGGACUCACCCCCUGUUUGUGGGUCUUGCAUGGGCUUCUGGUUGGCUAUUGUGAGAAAAGAAUGCUGGUCUGGAUAGGCUAGUUCUCAAACUUUUUUCUCUGGGCGACACUUUCAGAAUAAAUUUUUCUUCAUGCCACACCAUUUAAAAAAUUGAUAAG